UGGGUCCCCGCCCACUUGUGGGUCACGUGGCCCACCAAGAUGGCGGCGCUCAGGCGCGAGGCUGGGUCUGACCUGAGGGAUGCAGGUGUGCCGGUGGGAACUGGAGAAACACGCACGGACAUCAAGAUGACAACAUACAUACAUGGUCAUCCCAGUCCUUCUCUUGGAGAUAUAAAACUUGGAAGACCAAUGCUUAUCGAAAUUAUGGAAAAAAAAUUGGAGUAUCUUAGAAAAGAAAAAAACUUAAAUAUACGUGGAACAGUAUUCUUUGGAACAACAGCUAGUUUCUCUGGAAUAAUGGCAAAUUUCAUUUUCCGACACUGCUUCAAGGUUAAACAUGAUGCUUUCAAGACAUAUGCAUCAUUGACCACAUUUCCAUUUUUGUCUUCUAUAGUUACUUAUAAGCUCCUUGUGACUGAUGCUUUGUAUUCAGGUAAUAUAAGCAAGGAAGAUUGUGUUCUGCGAAGUUCACUACUUGGCAUCAUUUGUGGUUGCUUAUAUCCCUGUGCUUUAGCUUUUUCUAAAAAUGGGCAGCUGGCAUUCAAGUAUCAUACUGUUCCACUUCCACCAAAGAUUUUACUCCAUUUUCUACUGCUUUGCCAAACAGAGAUGAAGGCAAUGUUGAUUCCUCUGAUCUUUCAUACAAUGUUUGGAAUACUUAAUGGUCUACAGCAUUAUGAAAUAUUUGAAGGGACACUAGAGAAAACUGUACAUGAAGAUUAACCAAAGAAUCAAUGGAUGCCAAAUUAGCAGAGUGGAUUUUUUAUGAGAACUCAGGCAUUGAUGAGAAAGUUAAAAGUAACUCUGGACAGAUCAUUUGUUUCUAUCCCUUUUGCCUGGACUAUAGCAGAUACUCAAAUAUUUAGUAAUUCAGUGAAUGGAAAGGUAACAAUAAACGUAAGCUUCAUCUUU